AACCUAGUUGGGCGUGGCCCGACUUUCCCACGUGGACUAGAACCAAGCUUUUUGGCUUUUCAAGCAAGAUGAGCUCUGUAGCUUUCAGUAGCGAUGGAGUAGAGGUGAUCUCGAGACAAUUGGAGACGGAGCUGACUCUGGGAGGUACUGACAGAUCGCGUGAGCAACUGGAGGCCUUCUAUGAGCUGGAGAGAUGCUCUGCAUUCAUUACUGACAAUGACUAUCACAGGGUGGCCCUCCAGUUCCCUGACCAGUACCUGUGUGACUCUCACUGGGUGGCAUUACGACUGAGGGAGACCACACAACAUGAGGUAUUCAUCCUGGCAGACACCUCCUAUGGAAGCUGUUGUGUGGAUGAGGUGGCCGCAGAUCAUUUGGGAGCUGACUGUAUCGUGCACUUUGGACCCUCCUGCCUCACACAGACGAGGAGACUACCAGUGUUGUACGUGUUUGGUCUGGAGGCUAUGGAUGUGAGUGUGUGUGUCACUGCAUUCAGACAACUGUUCACUGACACUGAGGACCGGAUACUAGUGCUCUACCAUACCUCAUACUCACACUGCAUAGGUGGUUUAGAGGAAGCUUUGACAAGUGAUUAUUCUCAUUGUGUUUUCUCAAAUCUUGUUGUGCCCGUGUCUGAUCGUACCUCCGAUGUUUCCAUGGGAACAGAGCCGAGGACGGCGUGUAAUUGCUCUCAAGGAGCCUCUAGUGAUGAUGCUGAUAGUAGAACGUGUGUUGAGCGUGACACACUCAUCGGCAACAAAGAUCAAGUAGAGGAUACUGCCACACCCAUCAACGAGGCAGCCCCUGUGAUUACCCCGCCUAAUGAUGUAACUGACUCUACGUAUCACAGGUUUGGCCGUGAGUUCACCCUGGCUGGUCCCCUGGAGAGCUACUCAGUGUUCUACGUGGGGGGAGAGGGGGCCACCCUCAACAACCUCAUGCUCAACCUCACUCAGUGUCAGUUCUACAGUCAUGACCCAGUACACUGUGUGAGCAGGAGGGAGACACUCAAUAUAAACAAGGCUCUGGGGAGAAGAUACUACCUGAUGCAGCGAGCUAAGGAAGCCAGGACUGUGGGCAUUCUAGUAGGCACACUGGGAGCAGCUAAUUAUUUGGAGAGCAUACAGAGACUCAAGGACAUGCUGAGAAGGGUUGGGAAGAAGUACUACACUAUAGCGGUGGGCAAGCUGAACAUCCCCAAGAUGGCCAACUUCCUGGAGGUGGAUGUGUUUGUGCUAGUGGCCUGUCCUGAGAACAGUCUUCUUGACUCUAGUCAGUUCUAUAAGCCGGUGGUCACACCCUACGAGAUGGAAGUUGCCUGUAACAGGUCUCGACAGUGGGGUGGGGACUACACUACUGACUUCACUGAGCUGCUACCAGGUGCUGCCUUCCAUGUGCCGACUGGGGACGAUAAUGAAUUGGAGCCGGAGUUUUCCCUCAUCAGUGGAAGUCUAAUACCAGGCAGAGCUGAGAGUGAUGAGCAAGAUAUUUCAUCAACUGCUCUGGUUCCACGGUCAAAGAUGGAAGUGGCCGUACAGAAAUCAGCUGCUGCCUCUUUUCUACACUCUCGCUCGUGGCAAGGUUUGGAGCAGCAGCUCGGACAGACGGAGGUAAUCGUGGCAGCAGAGGGGAUAAGCGGAGUGGCAGCUGGCUACGCUCAUGAACCAUCAGAGAACUGAACAGUUGCUAUUUCACACCUGAACAGUUGCUAUUUCACACCUGAUCACUUGCACUUUUGUGUUUAUUUUUAUAAAAUUUAAUUUGCAACAUUCAUAAUCAAUCAAAUG